UUGGCCACUGGUAGCCCUCUGUCGAGUCCAUUUACAUUUAUUAUGACAAGACGGCAUUGAUGCUUGUCACAGACGGAGUACCUUCUGUGUCGCGGAGCCACACCCUUGGACCCCACACGGGCCACACCACCUUACCGUUGUGGACAGUUGGAGAAGCUCCCGGCGCCAGGGGUCGAGUUCUUUCUGGCUUCGGAACAGCUCGCCAGAUCUCCAAGGGCUUGUGCUCACUGCUCACAGGGCCGGUACUGUGUACCUUGGUACCGGCCAAUUGACAACCAGGCAGGAAGGAAGACAAAGACUGAGACUGAGACACGCGCGAGUCUCGAUGCAUCGCCCUUCUCUCCCACUACCUCUUAGGACCGUCUGAGUUGCCGUUCGUGUCUGGAGCCUGUUUUUCCUAAAAGACAUCCAAAAUCCAUCUUGUCGGGACUCUCUGUCCUCCCCAGGAGAAAUCCCACUUUACCCUGUCAUUAUAGCUGAGCUCCGGAGCUCGAGCGCCGAGGUGUUUUGGAGUUAGGGCCACCAGGCCAGGUCAGCGCCGCAGAAGCAUCCUGAUAUUUCGCCAGAGUGGCCUCAACCGCAACACAUCACCCUCGUGUCGCAUCACAUAACAAAAGCCUGUCUGCCAGGGCCACACCUCCGAGGGCUUGCUGCGAACCUUCCAGCAUCCAAAGGGAGCUUCUGCAUUCCGCAUAUACCACCUAGCCCACCAUGCGCUCAGCCCUGGCCUUCCUUGCUGGCCUCUCCCCGGUCGUAGCCCAAUACCUGGUGAACGAGCUGAGCUUUGGCUACAACAACAAGAUAAGCCCCAACAACGAUGGGUCUAUACCCGGCUUCACCCUCCACGGCAACCCCACGUGGCCAGAUAUCCUCUCCAACAAGAUAAUACUCACGCCUCCUGCACCCGGCAACCAUCGCGCCUCCAUCUGGGCCGACAAGGCACUGCAGCACACACAAUGGGUCGCAGAUGUGGACUUCCGUGCCAAUGGGCCAGAGCGCGCUGGCGGCAACCUCAACAUCUGGCUGGUGCGCGACGGGCUCCAGGAUGUUGGCCUCAGCUCUAUCUACACGGUUGGCAAGUUUGAGGGUCUUGCAUUGGUGAUCGACACAUACGGCGGAAGUGCAGGCAUGGUAAGAGGUUUCCUCAACGACGGAAGCAAAGACUUCCAGAAGAUCUCGGUGGAUGGGCAGUCGUUCGGCCACUGCAACCAUGCCUACCGCAACUUGGGCCGGCCCUCGCAGAUUAAGUUCCGCCAGACGGCCAGCAGUUUCAAGGUGGACAUUGAUGGGGUCAACUGCUUCGAGAGCGACAAGAUCAGCAUCCCCGCGGGAUACAAGCUGGGCAUCACCGCCGCCAGCGCGGACAACCCUGACUCGUUCGAGAUCUUCAAGAUGGUCCUGAUGACAGAGAACAUCGAUCCGGGCCAGGACAAGCAGCAGGCCGCAGUCGAACAAGAGGGCAUGUUUGGAAAUCAAGGGCAGCAGCAGCAGCAGCCCAUGGGCGGCAACCCUGGCUCCGGCCGGUGGGACUCGGGCGGCUUCGAGGACGACAUCCCGGACGCGAGCGCCGACUCCAUCACAAGCUCAAAGGCCCAGUUCGCCGACCUGCACACUCGGCUGCAGAGCGUGAACCACCAUCUGUCGACCAUCUUCCGCACGGUCGCAAAGCAGGACUCAAUCGGCGAGACCCGCCACGGUGAGAUCUCCGGGCAGAUCGCGGAGCUCAAGGGCCUGCUCUCCAAGUUGGACCGGCUCGGCGAGCUCGAGAACAAGAUCACUAGCCUCGAGUCCGAGGUCCGCAGACUCAAAGGUGAUGUCACGUCCAAGGUCAGCUCCUCGGAGCACGCCAUCAAAGGCCUGGUCAGCGACACCCAUCAAACCAUCAAGGACACGGUUAAAGAGCACGCGUCGCCGGGCCACGGGCGCCUGAUCGCGGUCAUUAUCGGCAGCCAGGUCGUGCUGGUGGGUGGUUACGUGUACUACAAGAAGAAGAAGUCGACGCCCAAGAAGUAUCUGUAAGGGAUAUAUCGUCCCAGGGUGGGUGUGGCAGUGUACAGCAUGAUCAGGUAGGUACUUGCUCUAUGAGAGAAAUAGCGAUGGUUGGAAAUAAAGCGGCGUUUGGUUCUUAUUGCUUAGGUAGCAUUCCAGGGUACUCUUAGCAUUGUGAAUUUGAGGCAUUAACAGAGGUUUUCCCCAUCGAA